AGUUAUAACUACUAAUCCAGUUUAGCAGGCAAUAUUAACCAGGUGAAAUUGUGUCAUUUCUCUUGCAUUCAUUGCACGCGGAGUCAGGGUAUAUGCAACAGUUUGGGCUGCCUGGCUCAUUGCGAACUAAUUUGCUAGAAUGUUACGUAAUUAUGACAUACAUUAAAGGAUGUGCAAUGUAACAAGAAUAUUUAGACUUAGGGAUGCCACCCGUUAGAUGAAAUACCGAACGGUUCCGUAUUUCACUGAAAUAAUAAACGUUUUGUACUUUCGUGCGUUUUGCCAGCAGCUCUUUGCAAGCACAGCGCUGUUUAUGGCUUCAAGUCUAUCAGCCUAAUGGCUGGUGUAACCAAUGUGAAAUGGCUAGCUAGUUAGCUGGGUGUGCGCUAAUACUGUUUCAAACGUCACUCGCUUUUAGAUUUGGGGUAGUUAUUCCCCUUGCGCUGCAAGGGCCGCGGAUUUUGUGGAGCGAUGGGUAACGAUGCUUCGAGUGUGGCUGUUGUCGAUGUGUUCCUGGUUUGAGCCCAGUUAGGGGCGAGGAGGGGGACGGAAGCUAUACUGUUACACUGGCAAUACUAUAGUGCCUAUAAGAACAUCCAAUGGUCAAAGGUAUAUGAUAUAAAAAUGGUAUAGAGAGAAAUGGUCCUAUAAAUACUAUAUUAACUACAACCUAAAACCUCUUACCUUGGAAUAUUGAAGUCUCAUGUUAAAAGGAACCACCAACUUUCAUAUGUUCUGAGCAAGGAACUUAAACUUUAGCUUUUUUACAUGGCACAUAUUUUACAUGGCACACAUUCUAACAUGGCACAUUACUUUCUUCUCCAACACUUUGUUUUUGCAUUAUUUAAACCAAAUUGAACAUGUUUCAUUAUUUAUUUGAGGCAAAAUGUCUUUUAUUGAUGUUUUAUAUGAAGUUAAAAUAAGUGUUUAUUUUUAAAUAAAAUAAAAAUAGUCUGAUUUUUUAAAUCGGUAUCGGCUUUUAUGGUCCUCCAAUAAUCGGUAUUGGCGUUGAAAAAUCAUAAUCGGUCGACCUCUAGUCCAGAGUAGUGAUGCUGGACAGGCGGGCAGGUGCGGGCAGCGAUCAGUUGAAGAGCAUGCAUUUAGUUUUACUUGCAUUUUAGAGCAGUUGGAGGCCACGGAAGGAGAGUUGUAUGGGAUUGAAGCUUGUCUGGAGGUUCGUUAAGUGUCCAAAGAGGGGCCAGAAGUAUACAGAAUGGUGUCGUCUGCGUAGAGGUGGAUCAGAGAAUCACCAGCUUCAAGAGCUACAUCAUUGAUGUAAACAGAGAAGAGAGUCAGCCUGAGAAUUGAACCCUGUGGCACCCCCAUAGAGACUGCCAGAAGUCCGGACAACAGGCCCUCCGAUUUGACACACUGAACAUGGGGCCGUGCAUUAUCAUGCUGAAACAUGAAGUGAUGACGGCGGAUGAAUGCCACGACAAUGGGCCUCAGGAUCUCGUCAUGUUAUCUCUGUGCAUUCAAAUGGCCAAUUCUAAAAUGCAAUUGUGUUCUUUGUCCGUAGCUUAUGCAUGCCCAUACCAUAACCCCACUGCCACCAUGGGGCACUCUGUUCACAAUGUUGACAUCAGCAAACCGCUGGCCCACACAACGCCAUACAGUCUUCCAUCUGCCCGGUACAGUGAAACUAGGUUUCAUCCGUGAAGAGCACACUUCUCCAGCGUGCCAGUGGCCAUCGAAGUUUCAUCAACCUUUGGGGUGACUGGUCUCAGACGAUCCUGCAGGUGAAGAAGCCUAAUGUAGAAGUCCUGUGCUGGCGUGGUUACAUGUGGUCUGCGGUUGUGAGGCUGGUUGGACGCACUGCCAAAUACCCUAAAGUGAUGUUGGAGACGGCUCAUGGUAGAGAAAUUAACAUUCAAUUUUCUGGCAACCGCUCUGGUGGACAUUCCUGCAGUCAGCAUGCCAAUUUCACUAUCCCUCAAAACUUGAAACAUCUGUGGCGUUGUCUUAUUUGACAAACUGCUAAUUUUUGAAUGUCCUUUUAUUGUUCCCAGCACAAGGUGCACCUGUGUAAUUAUCAUGCAGUUUAUGAGCUUCUUGAUAUGCCACACCUGUCAGGAGGAUAGAUAAUCUUGGCAAAGGAGAAAAUCUCACUUAACAGGGAUGUAAACAAAUGUGUGCACAAUAUUUUAGAGAAAUUUGCUUUUUGUGCAUGUGGAACAUGUCUGGGAUCUUUUUAUUUCAGCUCAUAAAAUAUGAGACCAACAAUUUACGUGUUGCGUUUAAUUUAUGUUCAGUAUACUAUGGCUUCAACACUAAAAUAACAGCAGUGUUUUGAAACAACAAUGGUUUCCCUUGUUCAAAGCAUUCUAGGCCUUUCUUCAUUGUUCUCCAUUCGUUGAAGCCGUCUGCAUGAGCUCUGCUUCAGUAGAUGGGUAUAAGCCAUACUGAACAUUAUUUCAGCUUUAGACUUUGUGAAAAUCAACGUAGAAGCCUGCAGCCAGAGGUGAGGAGAAUGAGCCAGAAAGAGGGUCUGAGGGCCAACUCCUCUCAGUUCACUCUGGAGGGAGAGCCCUUUCGCAUCCUGGGGGGCUCUAUCCACUACUUCCGCGUCCCCAGAGCCUACUGGGAGGACCGGCUGCUGAAGAUGAGGGCCUGUGGGGUCAACACUCUCACCACAUAUGUGCCAUGGAACCUUCAUGAGCCAGAGAGAGGGGUUUUCAACUUCCAGGACCAGUUGGAUUUAAAGGCGUACAUCAGCCUAGCAGCAGAGUUGGGGCUCUGGGUGAUUCUGCGGCCAGGACCCUACAUCUGUGCUGAGUGGGACUUAGGAGGGCUCCCCAGCUGGCUGUUACGUGACAAAAACAUGAAGUUGAGGACAACCUACCCUGGCUUCACAGAAGCAGUGAACUCUUUCUUUGACAAACUCAUCCCAAUAAUUAAGCCUCUACAAUUUAAAGAGGGAGGCCCCAUCAUUGCAGUUCAAGUGGAGAAUGAGUAUGGCUCAUAUGCAAAGGAUGAACACUACAUGCCUUUUAUAAAGGAGGCUCUACUAUCCAGAGGAACCAAUGAACUCCUGCUGACAUCAGACAACCGGGAGGGGCUCAAAUGUGGAGGAGUGGAUGGAGUUCUCAAGACGGUAAACCUUCAAAGACUGGCCUACGGAACAAUACAAUAUUUAGCGUACAUGCAGCCCCAGAAACCUCUGCUUGUAAUGGAGUACUGGUCUGGGUGGUUCGAUGUCUGGAGUGAAUCUCACCACGUGUUUCCAGCAGAGGACAUGUUGGCUGUGGUGUCACAGAUACUAGAGCCAGGUGUAUCCAUCAACCUCUAUAUGUUCCAUGGUGGAACCAGCUUUGGCUUCAUGAAUGGAGCUGUGGCGAACCUUGGCACCUACAAACCUCAGGUCGGCAGCUAUGAUUAUGAUGCACCGCUAUCCGAGGCUGGAGAUUACACCACCAAGUAUCAGCUCUUGAGGAAUUUAUUCAGCCAGUUUCACAGUGAGAAGCUUCCUGAGGUUCCCUCUCUCCAGGCCAGGAGAGUGUAUGAGCCUGUCAUCAUUCAGCAGCAUCUGUCACUGUGGGAGAGCCUGCAGUUUACUGAGAAGCCCUUGAAGUCAGAGGAGCCUGUCAACAUGGAGAACCUUCCUGUCAACAGUAAUAAUGGUCAGUCCUAUGGCUACACUCUAUAUGAGACCACCAUCAGCAGGGGAGGCCUUCUGAACUCCAAGAAAAAUGUUAAAGACAGAGCCCUGGUGUUUGUGGACAGACACUUUGUUGGUGUCCUGGACUAUAAAUCGGUGGAGUUUGCACUGCCCGAUGGAAAGGGAGAGCGAACAUUGAGUUUACUUGUGGAGAACUGUGGAAGAGUGAAUUAUGGGAAAGCCCUAGAUGAUCAGCGUAAAGGUCUGGUGGGAGAUAUUGUAUUGAACCACGUGCCUCUGAAGAACUUUACAAUCUACUGUUUGGAUAUGAAGCCAAACUUUCUAGAGAGACUGAGUGCAACAAGCCAGUGGAACUCAGUCCCCCAGAAGCCUUCCUUCCCAGGGUUCUUCCAGGGUAUGCUGUAUGUGGAUGGCCAUCCCAGAGACACCUUCAUCAGACUGCCUGGCUGGAGUAAAGGAGUGGUCUUUAUCAAUGGGCAGAAUCUUGGACGCCACUGGUCCAUCGGUCCCCAGAAAACCCUCUACCUCCCUGGACCUUGGCUUAAAAGUGGAAAUAAUCAGAUCAUUGUGUUCGAGGAACAGAAAGCUGAUGACAAAUUAGUAUUUGUUGAAAAUCCUGAUCAUGGAAAAACAAUUGAUGUAUACAAAUAUCCAUUUUGUGUUCUGCUUUGAAAUUAUCCAUAUUUUAAAUAAAUUGACACAGCAAUUUCUUAUAACAUAGUAAUAACACAGUAAUACAAAAGCUAUGAUUACCUUAACACUUUGUAUUUAAUGUUGUUUUUGUGUUAUGGGAUGGGUCUACCACUGAAUGUGAUGAUAGAUGUAGUCUAGAGCACAGUCAUAAGGCAAGUUACAUACACUACCGUUCAUACGUUUGGGGUCACUUAGAAGUGUCCGUUUUUGAAGGGAGUAGUACACAACAUUGUACAAGCUCUUCAGUUUCUUGACAAUUUCUUGCAUGGAAUGGCCUUCAUUUCUCAGAACAAAAAUAUACUGACCAGUUCCAGAAGUAAAUAUUUUGUUUCUGCCCAUUUUGAGCCUGUAUUUGAACCCACAAAUGCUGAUGCUCCAGAUACUAAACUAGUCUAAAGAUGGCCAGUUUUAUUGCUUCUUUAACCAGAACAACCGUUUUCAGCUGUGCUAACAUAAUUGCAAAAUUAUUUUCUAAUUAUCAAUUAGCCUUUCAAAAUGUUAAACUUGGAUUAGCUAACACAACGUGCCAUUGGAGCACAGGAGUCAUAGUUGCUGAUAAUGGGCCUCUGUACGCCUAUGUAGAUAUUCCAUUACAAAUGUUUCCAGCUACAAGAGUCAUUUACAAUAUUAUCAAUGUCUACACUGUAUUUCUGAUCAGUUUGAUGUUAUUUUAAUGGACAAAAAAAUAGCUUUUCUUUCAAAAACAAGUACAUUUCUAAGUUACACCAAACUUAUGAACGGCAGUGUACAUAUAUUAAAAGACAAGACAUUGAGUGGUGGAAUGUAGACUUACAACAAAGAAAGGUGAUAUGGAAGAGAUAAAGGACAACCAAGUUCAAAGGUAAAAUGCAGAUGUGUAAAACAUUCAAGUUCAGUACCUUACUCUAGUUGUCUGGAUAGGCAGUGUUAUUGUCCAUCUAAAAUGAAAUAUAGAUGAAAAAACAAACCACUUGAUUGUACAUUUACAGUAUUUGUCUUGAGUACUGUUAGGCAUACUUUUGCUGUUAGGUUGACUAAAAAGGUAUUUCAUUGUAUUUAGAUGAACACAAUAUAGUUUGCAGCGCAUCUUAUGCUCAUCUUGAAUGGUAAAGCUCAGGUUAUUAGUGUGUAAACAUUAGCCUACAAUAUUUUUUGAACUGGUCAUUUUAUUUUAUCAUAAAUUCUUUGUUCUUCUUUGUAAUAACUUUAUAAUAAUCUGGCACGCCCCUUUGUGUAUUAUAUUUUAUUUGAUGAAUUGCUUGUAUAUCAUUGAUUUAAAAUCAUUCUUAUUACAGAUUAUCCAUUAUAUUGACCUCUGGUUAUCAUCUAUCCUGAUUUGCCUAUUCACUUUUACCCCUACCUACAUGUGUUGCCACUGUGUACGUCAUUCAGGGCAGGUUAGGCUUGCCUGUUUUGCAUGUUAUUUCGGCAUUAGUACAUGUCACAUAUCAGUUUGCAAACAAUGUAACAAAAAAUGUAUAUAAUUUGAGUUAAUAAAGCCACAAACACACAUGGUU